CACCCUCGUUCGUUUUGUGUCUGUGUGCCAAUCUCAGUUCUCUAUACCUGCUUGCACUGACUGAGGUAGCCAAAUAUGGACUACUCAAAUUUGCGGCGCCAGAUCUUUUCCAUGAAGAAAAGCCUCUUCGAUCAGGGUUACCUGGAUGAACAGUUUAAUCAGCUGGAAGAACUGCAGGAUGAUUCAAGCCCCAAUUUUGUUGAAGAAGUAGUGGCUUUGUUCUUCAAAGAUUCAUCAAGGUUGUUGACAAACAUAGAGCAAGCACUUGAGAAGUACCCUCAGGAUUUCUACCGGUUGGAUUCUUUGGUGCACCAGUUCAAAGGCAGUGGAUCAAGCAUCGGUGCUCUGAGGAUGAAGAAUGAGUGCUCCAUGUUUAAAGCACACUGCAGUGACAGGAAUCUGGAAGGAUGCCGCAGGUCGCUCCAGAAGAUGAAGAGAGAGCAUGCCACUCUGAAGCAGAAGCUGGAGACAUAUUUUCAGUUGCUGAGGCAAGUCGGUCCUCGAGAGCGCGCGGUGAACUCAUGGAAGUAACAAGAAUAGCAUGGAAUGCAGUUCCAAAGGAAAUAAGGGUGUGGACUACCUCUGUUCCUUUGGAGGAGUAUGCCCCUGAAGUUUUGCCCCUUUUGUUGCUCAUGGGUCAUGGGUGAUGUGUCUGUGGUUUUUGUACCGUCUGGUGUUGUUGUGCAUGCUCCUUGGUUAACUGUGGAGUCUCACAAUGUUUCUGUACUCUGAAAUGUAAUGGUAUCAAUACAUAUGGGUUCUGUCAUA